AUGGCAAGCCUCGAGGAUACCUCCAGACGGAGAGAUACCUCCCAACGGACCGACGGUCACAAGCCUCAAAAGCGCAACCCGCGUUUUCCUCGACUGCCCUCUCCCAGCAUGCCCUCUCGGCUGAACCUGGGUGCAGAUGCCCACGAGGAUGUGACAGCGCCAUCAAGAGGAAGAAAUGCCCCGGCACAAUACAUGAAUCAGUCCAUCUUCUCUAUGAUCGCUGCAGCGGGAUCGCGAACAGAUUUCAAUGCCAGAUUUGACGAGUCUAGUGACAGUGAAGAGGAGGCGGCCCAAACAAAGCCGUCAUUUGUUGGCAGCAAAGAAACAUCCGUGAAGGAGAGACAAACAGCGCCAGCUACCGAAGCAAAAGAUGACUCCCCGUCCUUCAUGAAGAGAAGCAAGUACCCUUCACCAGAUCACCUGUCCGAAAAUCUCCCGCCCUCCCCAGCAAGAGCACCAAAACCUAAAGACAAAGACAAAGCAUCAACUCCACAACCAGAGUUAAGCCAAGAGAGUGACUCUGCCUCAGAUUCAGGGAAGAGCAAUCCAAGAGACGCCCCUGUUCUCAGUAGACUGUUGACUGCCGAGGCCGAGUUCACAGAAGGCGAUGACCAUCCCCCGAGUAUGCCACCCUCCGAAACCGUACCCGAAAGCGUUCUUGCUACACGAUUGAUGGAGAUAUUUGGAUUUGACGCUCCAGAAAAAGUGGUGGCAGAAUACCCAUGUUGGCUACUUCAAAGUGUACUUCUCCAGGGCUAUCUCUACAUAACUACAAACCACAUCUGCUUCUAUGCAUACCUGCAAAGAAAAUCACAUAACGUCACCAAAAUCGGCUAUUUAGAGAAGAAAGGUCGGACAACCUCGAAGUAUAAGAGAUAUUGGUUCUCAUUAAAGGGAGAUGUGCUCUCAUACUAUUCUGAUCCCUCCAACCUUUACUUUCCAUCCGGCAAUAUUGAUCUGAGAUAUGGCAUAUCUGCGCAUGCCUCCUCAGAAAAACGCAAACAGAAAGAAUGCAAAGAUUUUUGUCUGACGACCGAUCAUCGCACAUAUCACUUCCGCGCAGAUAGUGCUUCAAGUGCAAGAGAAUGGGUGCAAACAUUACAAAAGACGAUUUUCCGGUCUCAUAAUGAUGGAGAUAGUGUCAAGAUAUCGUUGCCAGUGCAAAACAUCAUCGACUUUGAGGAGAGUCCUGUGGUCGAAUUCGCCGAGACGAUCAAAUUCCGGGUACUAGAAAGCGAAGACGCAUAUGCUGUUGGGGCUGUGGACGAGUAUUUCUUCUCCUUCUUCAGCUUCGGACAAGAUGCGCUGCAGAAUUUUCGCACUCUGUUCCCAGAAGGAGAUGGGGCGAGAACUUCUGAUGAACUAUUAUCUGGAACUCGAAAGGAUGUCAGCACGUUCAGCCCACAAGGCAGACUGAAUAUGCGCAACGUGUCUCCACGCCGAACACCCGAUAACGAACCAACGAAAUCCUCCCCUGCCCUCCAAGAGAACGUGCGAGCAACGCUCUUGGCACAUCCCGCUCUGAGAAGCAGGGACAUCUCUCCCAGGAUGAGUGGCGAGUUUUCUCACGGUAAUAGUCCAUCGCGUUCAAGUGGUGAGUAUGGCCGAGGCAGCUUCGAACGAGGCCGCAGAAGCGGAAGCACCAGUCGACUUGAAGGGAACAUAUCCAGAAGGAGACCUGAUUCGUCUUUUGCUCAUCAUCAUGACUCGGAGGAUUCGUACGUUCAUUCCAUUGACAAAGAGACCGAUUCGUCUACAGCACCACUGUCUCCGCGAGCCGAAGCACAGAUGUCGGCCAGCCAGAUCCUCGACCGCAGCGAUCUGUUCCACCCACCUAUUAUCCAGCGGAUGACAACACUUGCAUCUAUGUCCUCUGAAGCCAACUCCGAAGGUGGAACAGUCCUAUCCAGGUCGCACCCCAACGACGCAGCCUCACCCAUUCCCGUUCGAGGUGCUGGUACUCACUGGAAGAACAAACACUCGAUAUCACAAGAAGAGGGCGUCGCGCAUACCAAUACACCGCCAACGCUACAAGACUUUGUCCGAGCUGGUUCAUCUCGCCUUCAACGUGCAGGGCAACUCGCUGGGUUUCUCAAAAACCCGUCUAAGUCAGUGCUAAAGUACUUGCCAACAGAGCCAAUGUCAUACAUCGAGAAAGUAUCGGACAUGUGGACAGGGGAUAGGAAACAUUAUGGUGAUAACGAAGGUGUUGUACCUGGCGACAAGGGCAUCGAUCCCGAGGAUGAAGAAGCGAACGUCGGCCACGGAGACCGCUUUCGCGCUCAUUUCGCUCUCCCACCUACGGAAAAGCUGCGUGCCACCUAUUUUGCUUUCCUGCACCGAGUACUUCCACUCUACGGCAAGAUCUACAUCAGCAAUCGCAAGUUCUGCUUUCGUAGCCUCCUUCCAGGUACUAGAACAAAGCUUGUUCUCCCCCUGAAAGACAUCGAGAAUGCUACCAAGGAGAAGGGCUUUCGUUUCGGGUAUCAUGGGCUAGUGCUGGUCAUUCGAGGCUACGAAGAACUAUUCUUCGAGUUCAACUCGAGUGACCACCGAGAUGACUGCACCGUGACUCUGUUACGAAGCCUCGAGAGCGUACGAGAUAUGGAGGAGUCCGGCAUGCUUGCGAAAGAGGAGGAAGACGACGCUGAGGCUGCCAAGGAAGAGCACCGGAUGCUACAAGAGGCGCGGCGGAGCUCGACUGGUGAUCACCAGCUCGCGUUGCCUGAUACAGCGGAAGCCAUCUACAGCCAUGAAGACGCCCGGCCUGUAUUGUUUGAGGGGCCACGAGCGUCCAUCUCUAGCUCCAAACCUACCACGCCGUUGAAGAUUACGUGUCUAACGAUUGGGUCUCGAGGAGACGUGCAACCAUACAUUGCCCUGUGCAAAGCGCUGCUUGCCGAAGGCCAUAAGCCCAGGAUAGCCACACACGCAGAAUUUGGCCCUUGGGUGCUGAAGCAUGGUAUCGAUUUUGCCCCGGUCGAGGGCGACCCGGCGGAGCUCAUGAGAAUCUGUGUCGAAAACGGCAUGUUCACCUAUUCCUUCCUACGAGAGGCAUCCGCGAAAUUCCGCAGCUGGAUUGACGAAUUGCUCAGCUCGGCAUGGCAAGCGUGUCAGGAUAGCGAUCUCUUGAUUGAGUCGCCCAGUGCCAUGGCUGGCCUCCAUAUUGCGGAAGCGCUCAAGAUACCGUACUUUCGGGCCUUUACUAUGCCAUGGACUCGGACCCGGGCAUACCCUCAUGCAUUUGCUGUACCCGAGCACAAGAUCGGUGGCGCGUACAACUAUUAUUCGUACGUCAUGUUUGACAAUGUGUUUUGGAAAGCCAUUUCCGGACAGGUCAACCGAUGGCGCAAGAAGGAACUGGGGCUACGGAGUACCAACAUGGACAAGAUGCAACCCAACAAGGUGCCCUUUCUGUACAACUUCUCGCCUCAUGUGGUUGUACCGCCUCUGGACUACCCUGACUGGGUACGAGUCACAGGUUACUGGUUCCUCGACGAAGCACAGACUUGGACGCCACCAGCCGAGCUCCAGAGAUUCAUCGAAAAGGCCCACAAGGACGGCAAGAAGCUGGUGUACAUUGGAUUCGGGUCCAUUGUGGUCUCCGACCCGGCGGCGCUGACCAAAACGGUAGUCGAAUCGGUCCUCAAAGCAGGCGUGAGAUGCAUUCUAUCUAAGGGAUGGAGUGACCGCCUCGGCGACCCGACGGCAGUCAAAACCGAAGUACCUUUACCGGCAGACAUUCUUCAAAUCAAGUCCGCGCCACACGAUUGGCUGUUUAGACAGAUCGAUGCCGCUGUCCACCACGGAGGUGCCGGCACGACUGGAGCAAGUCUCCGGGCGGGGGUACCCACCGUCAUCAAGCCAUUUUUCGGGGAUCAAUUCUUUUUCGGAUCGAGAGUUGAAGACCUCGGGGUGGGCAUUUGCAUGAAGAAGGUCAAUGUCAGCUUGUUCUCACGCGCACUCUGGGAAGCAACCCACUCGGAACGGAUGAUUGUAAAGGCGCGGCUUCUCGGAGAACAAAUCCGCAAGGAGAAUGGAGUGCAGACGGCAAUCCAAGCCAUUUAUCGUGACUUGGACUACGCCAAGUCCAUCGUGGCUGAAAGAGCGAGCAAGCAAGGAGUUCCCGCUGACGACAGCGUGCCUCUGGACGAGGGCGACAAUGAAGAAAGCUGGACUUUUAUCGGAGAUGAGAGUGACCCUGAGCUUCAGAGACAAGUGCAAGACUGGGAGUCACCGAUUCGAGUGAGCGUGGGCCGGGCCAGCCUGCGCAGUAUGCAGGGAGUUGAGCCGGUCAGGAAGAGCAGUGUGAGAUUAUGA